GGCAUGACAUAAGUUUGCCAAAUAAUCGGUUUUCAUGUUGUAACUUAGUUCUGUAAAUAGAAGUGCCCACAAUCUUAGGGAGUGUUCCAUCUGCCAACACUUUCACUUCCCAGUUUACAGAACGGUGACGCCCUUUUUAUGGUCACUCCGAGGCUGUUCGGGAUUUUCAUGAACACGCAUCAGUUUAAACUACUGCUGCUGGACGGAUAUGAGAGACCAGCACCCGGGAAAGGGUUCAGCAACCGAGCAAGAAUGUCGUGGAGCCCCCAGCAAGCAGAGAUAUUGGAUUCAUCACUGAUAUACAUGGAAGUGUUUGAUUUACCUUGGAGAACAUCCAAUUGAAAUGGCAUCCUACAAAUUGAAAUUGUUUGGCUUGUUGUAUUUUGUACAAGGAAUACCCUAUGGAUUACAAUCGGGUUUACUACCAAUCUACCUCAGAACUAUUGGAAUUUCAUUUACCAGAAUUAGUUUGACUAAAUUCUUGUAUUUCCCAUGGCUACUGAAGAUACUUUGGGCUCCGUUUGUGGAUCAAUAUGGGACAAAGCAGAAAUGGCUGCUAUCUAGCAUGUUUGGUCUGUUUCUAUGUUGUUUAAUCAUUUCAAAACUGCAUCCAAAGACUGAUUUUGCAACUUUGGCCUUCAUUUUAUUGCUGAUGAACUUCCUUGCAUCAGUUCAAGAUAUUGCUGUUGAUGGCAUAGCAGUACGAUUACUCAGUAAUGAGGAAAUUGGAUAUGGCAACACCAUCCAAGUUGUGGGUUAUAAGACAGGCUCUCUCGUUUCAGGAGCAGGGCUUUUGACGAUGAUGGACCAUAUUAGCUGGGAUAUGCUCUUUGUAAUAAUAUCUGUUAUUUAUGUGAUAGCUAUCAUUUGUGCAUGCUUCACGCCUGAACCUCCAACAACCUCUGAUACAGAAACUAGGUUGCCUGUGUUGAAUCCCCGUGAAAUACUGAAAGAAGUACUUCAUGUGCCUGGAACCAUUUGGACUCUAAUUUAUGUCAUCAUUUACAAAUUAGGAGAACAGGGUACAGUCAGCAUGUUUCCACUGUUUUUGCUGGAGCACAAUUUCUCUCCAGCAGAACUGGGCUUAUGGACUGGAAUAGUUGCAAUGGGAUUUUCUAUUCUUGGAUCAUGCCUAGGUGGCAUAUUAAUGCCGAAGUAUAAUGCAUUUUCACUUAUUCUGAUUCUGUUUGUGAUUCGUGUUGGAAAUUUGAGUUUCCAGACAUCACUUCUCCUUCUGUUUGAAAGUCAAUCCUUGAUAAUGAAAGGUGCAGCUGUGCUAAGUAUAAUUUUACAGCAUUUACUUGGUGGAUUGAUAACAACAUUGACAUUUAGUAUCAUGAUGCUGUGCACACAGAAGGCUGAGGAAAGAAUACAGGCCACCCAUUACACAUUUCUGGCAAGUUUUGAAGUCUUGGGAAAACUUACGUUCAGUGCCAUAGCUGGUUUACUUGUGGAUAAGAUGGGUUUUCCUUUUAGUUUUUGCAUAUUUGUUCUGCUAUCGUGUUUAGCUAUUCUCCAUGUUUGUAAGCCACCAGAUGUGCUACCUGAGCAGAAAAGGCAAUAAAGUGUGAGUCAUCUGCAAUGUAAUUAAAACUA